AUGAAGGUCAAUCAUUUGUGUCUGCUCCUACCUGCGGCCACCGGAGUCCUCGGACUGAAGGUUUCAAGAGAUGCAAAUGGAAGUACCCUUGCGUACUGCGGUACCGGCUGCCAAUCCAAAUUCGGAACCUGCAAAAACGGCCACCCUGUCGUAUCCGCCCCUACACCGCCAUGUUCAACCACAAAGACGUCCAUUCCUACACCUCCCUCUGGCCUUAAGGUUUCUACCGAUGGCACCUGCGGCAAAGGCGUGACUUGUCUGGGCUCCAAGUUCGGCUCUUGCUGUUCCCAAUAUGGCUAUUGCGGAAGCUCGGAGGCUUAUUGCAAAGGCGGCUGCCAAAAGGCCUUCGGUUCGUGCGUUGAGCAGCCUGUGGGUGACGUAAGCACCAACGGAAAGUGCGGUGGAAGCCAGGGCAUCAUCUGCACUGGUAGCAUCUUUGGCGACUGCUGUUCGCAAUACAACUACUGUGGGUCAAGCUACGCGUACUGCGGAGAUGGCUGCCAGUCUCAGUUCGGCAAGUGCAACGGUCAGCAUUCCAGCUCCGUGACGUCGACUUCCUCUUCUUCCUCGACUUCCUCUUCUUCCUCGACUUCCUCUUCGUCUUCGACUUCCUCUUCCUCUUCGACUUCCUCUUCGUCUUCGACCACUUCGUCUGCUCAAGAGACUUCGACAUCAUCGUCGACCACUUCGUCUGCUGAAGAAGCUCCGACAUCAACGUCGAACACUUCGUCUGCUGAAGAAGCUCCGACAUCAUCGUCGACCACUUCGUCUGCUGAAGAGAUUCCAACGUCAUCGUCGUCUACUUCAUCUGCAGAACAAACCUCGACAUCUACGAGCACCUCGGAAUCAUCCCCUGAGACGACUUCCUCGGAAUCCUCUACAUCCACAUCCACGGAACCUACCACCUCUGAGCCGUCUUCGGAGAUCACAUCCACAACAUCUUCGGAAGAACCUACGUCAGUUCCUGCCUCUUCCACGACCGAGUCUACCACUACUUCUUCCGCCGAUCCCACCCCGUCUUCAGCUUGCCAGCCUGUUCCGAAUUGUCCCAGCUUCGCGGGACCUCUUACCGGCAGCUGCCCCGGUGCGCAAGGACAAUGCGGCAGAAGCUCAGUGGGAAGUUCUUACUAUAUCCAGUGCAGCAGGGCGCCAGCAGCCGGCGCACAAACACUCCUUAAACAGCUGGGAUCCAGAGUACCGGGCAUUGAGGGGUGUGCGGCUGCUUGUGAUGCGGAAGCUGACUGCGUUGGCUUCGUGUUCUCGGCUACAAGCCCUGUUGGCCAGCUUUGCGACCUGUAUAGCAGGAUCGACGCGGUAUCUGUUUCGUUCGUCCACACGUAUAUCAAGGUCUGCGUAGAGCCUCCCCCGCCGCCCGUCACGACUUCCGCAAGCGCUUCUUCGACUUCAUCAGAACCCCCCGCACCCACCUGUGCACCCAACGGCGUCCAAAAUGGAGGUUUCGACACCGGCGCCAUCGCACCUUGGAGCAUCAAUGUUGUUUCUGGCUCGGCGUCCUUUGACCUUCGUACCGCUAACAAUUUCUUCGCCGGCCCUGACAGCGGAACCCACUUUUUCAACAUCCUCACGGUCACCUCUCCGAUCGUUACUCUCACACAGCAAACGAACCUCAAAAUCGGCGACCGCGUGAGAUGCCAACUCGCCUACAACUAUCCGGGAGAUGAUGAUGCGCUUUUAGAGGCCGUUCAGGUGGUCAUGUUUGUCGAUGGCACGUUCUGCAACCAGGCGCAGAGCUUCCAGACGCGCGGCAAGGAUGGUUGGGAGACUGUCCUGCCGGCCAACGAAGUUGUCAUCCAGAACGAUAACGCGCUUGUCCAGGUUUCGAUGUAUUUCGACAACUUCUUCGGGUACCAGCUCGUUGCGGCGCUGGAUAGCAUUGCUGUUGUCAAGGUGGGCGAGGAAGGGCUCGAGCCUUGCAAUUAGACGGGGACGCGAAACCGUUGGACUUUGAGUAGGGGUAUCCCUCACGGCUCAUCUUCAC